AUGUGUGGGAGGAACUAAGAAUUUUAAGAUGAAUGAAAAUGAAAAAGAAUGGAGCGAUGGAAAGAAUAGUAUACUUGAAAAUUCCUCUUUUAGGGUUUCAGAAUUAUUACUUGCCAUUGAAAGUUUAAGCAAGGGGCGGCUAAGGUCUUACAUCGAACAGAAGCAUGUGAAAGAAGAAUCAGAUCGGAAGAAGCUCCAGUUGUCCAAUAUGAAGAUGUCUACUACAAAUGAGAAUCUGCUUAUAAAAACAGCAAAAUUACCAGAAUAUAACAAUAUUAGAUGUGGUGCAGCAAAAACAUUUGCAGCACACCCUCAACGAAGCAUUUUUGAAUGUAAUAUUGAUGCAAAAUCUCUUAAAUGGAACAUAGACACAAAAUUGCAAGUUAAUCAAAAAGGAAAGUUUGUAUGUCAUUGGCCCCAAAAGCCCAAAUUUGAUAAUCGAUUUGACCGAGGUAUUGGUCCACCAAGGAAGAAAACUGUGCAAUCAUUUAAUAGAGACGUUACACCUUCAUCCUACUUAAAACCACUUCCACCAGAAAAAUGUAGAAAACAAAGGCCAGCUGCUGAAAAGACUCGUCAAGUCAGAAACCCAUGUCCAAAUAUCAAAUCAUUUCUAAUUCGUUCCCGGAUACAGAAGUCAACGUUAGCAGGUAAACUAUAGCUAUUGUUGUGGUUAAUUCACCUUACACAGACCACACAGGUAAGCAGGUUACAUUUGUGUUUAUUCAAGCAACCUCCGUCUCAGACCAGCUAAACAGGAUUCAAACUGAUACUCUGUCCUAGCCCUGUCUUACAUUUAUCUGAUGCAUACAGAAAAACAUCAAGAUU